AUGACGCGUCGCAAGGGCAGGCCCUCACCACCGCCAUCUUCACUCUCCAAGAACCCCGUGUCCUUUGAGAUCCCCGCCUCGCUACAUCAGUUCUCUAACCUCUCGCGCUCUCUGGCCGCGACGAUGGCCACCGGCACGGGCCCCUAUGAUAAACAUCCUCUCUCGAAGCCUGCUCCGAUCUCCCAAACGACGCCCAAGACUACUACCGCGAACGCAGUGUCGCAACCCAGGCCGAAUUCACAAUCCACCUCGCACCCCCCCUUGACCUUCUCUGCUACUCCUCGUGUAGGCCAAAUCGCAUCCAACAAGGCCAAUCCCCUGAAACGCUCCCUAUCGGAGGCUCAACAUGAUUCUCAAUCCGUCCAGCAACCGCCCUCCUCUAAGGCGGUGUCAAGAGAUGCAGAACAAUCUAGUACUCUCCCAAAAGCCCGCGCAAAGGCCACAACCACUGUCGCGGUGUCUGGUUCUGACUCUCCACAAACGCUACACCCAGCGAAUCCGACAUCCAAUCUGGCCGAAGAACCUACCCUCAAACCAGGAGAAGAGCUUGUGUUAGGAAGACAUUCCACCUUGAUAGCGCAGUUGAUGGCUAGGAAGAGAGCGGAAAACGAGAAGCUGGGUAACCGAGAGCGAUGGAUCCGCAAACAACGGGAACAUCAAAUGUCUCGGUCUGCGGCUUCUCAAUCAACUAAUGAGCUUAAAUCUCAACCAGAUGGAAAUAAAGUGCCAAAGGCUUCGCCAAAGACCGGCUCAAAUCCUCCCCUCGCACAAUCUGUGUCGACCAUGCCGACGGUGACAGCUGUAGCCUCGACUGUGUUUGACGCACAGACUCCAGCGGCCGAGUCGCCCUCAACGCCUGCGACGGAGAACUCUAUCAAACCAGCUGAAAAUACCAGCGAGCCACGGCAGUCGGACGACAAUGAGUCCUUCUUUGAAUCUCCCUUUUCCUCGCCAAUUGUUGAGUUUCUUGAAAGGGCUACGGACGAUGCAGGGCUGAAAGAAUUGUCGAAACAUCAUGGAGCGAGGUCCAAGAAAACUGUCGGCACGGUCGCAGCAGCAGCGGCACCCAUUCCCCGUGCCGAUAGUAGUCCAAAGGCGGCAACUUCUACGUCAACAAUAAUCAAGUUCACGGGAACCUCUGCCAUACCUCCGCUUUUCUCGGAUAAGCCUUUGACAAAGCAGCCUCAAUCUCAUCCUUUUCGCCCAAGUUCUACGCAGAGUCCGUCGCUCAAUGUGCACCAGCAAGCACAGGCGGAUUCAAUGGCUCCAGUCACAGGUCAAGAGUCUCAGCACCAACAGAGAGGUGGGCCACCACAAUUAGCGCCUCGCCAGCUGCCAGCACCGAGAGCCAUGCCAUACUACCCUCAGAAUGUGGGCAUGCCAGGCUUCUAUAGAGUGGAAAUGAGCCAGAAUUGGGCAGGCGGCGGCAAUAACUUUGUCGCGACUCCAGUAUCAACGGUUUCGCCCAACCAAGCUUACGACCCACAGAUGCUCCCCGGGGGUAUGGCCUACAACCCAUAUGGCGCGAGUUCAAUGGGGCAGUAUGUGGUAGGAGCGACCCUUCCACCACCUCCAGGCGCCCUUCACACGUAUGGAAAUCCAAUGGCGCCGACGGUCGCUGGACCGCCAAAGGACCACUCCCUUGACACGGGGCACAUAACCGCCGCAGAUAUGGUUGCCGGGAUUAAUACAAGGUUCAAAAUUGCGACGAAGAAUGACUUUAUAGUUCCAAAGCGAUGA